AUGGAAAAUCUUGUUAACUUGCAUUGUCUUGAUAUUAGAUGUGCAAACUCAAUAGAAAGGAUGCCUUUAGGAAUUGGUAAUCUAAAUAAUCUUCAAAGGUUAUCUGAUUUUUUUAUAGGUGAAGGUGAUGGGCAUCGUAUUGGAGAAUUGAAGAAUUUGUCAAACAUCAGAGAUGAUUUUUAUCUUUGGAGGUUAGAGAAUGUUAAUGAUCAAGAUGCAAGGGAAGCCAGGUUGAAUGAGAAAUCCGGAAUCAUUAAGUUGGUACUAAAAUGGAGUGGAGACUCCGAGAAACCUACAAGGAAGAAUGAAGUUGAAGAGCAAGUAUUGGACUCUCUUUGUCCUCCGAAAAAGCUUGUGCAACUCGUGAUUGAGAAUUUUGGUGGUGCAAAAUUCUCCACUUGGAUAGCAGAUUCUUCCUUCAAGAACUAUGAACAAGAUUGGUACGGAGUUCUUUGGAGAAAACCAGUCAAUUGCAUUUGCAUCUUUAGAGACUGUCUUUUGAGAGUCUACCGAAGUGGGAGUAGUGGGACGCUUGUGAAGAGACUUGAUAUCUACGAGUGCAGGAGAUUGGUAGUUUCAAUUUCAAGUUUUCCAUCACUGUAUGAAUUAAGCGUGGAAGAGUGUGAACAAUUGGUGGAUGAAUGCUCAUCUUCACCUGUGGAGGAGGUUACCUCGUUGCAAAGUGUGCAUCUUUCAAGCAUUUCGAAGUUAAGUAUUCCAGUAGAGAGGAUAUUACUGAGUCAAGUGUUGGAAUUCAUAGCUCAAGACUUCCAUGAAACCACUGAUCUCGAAAGUAUUCAAAUUUGGGAUGGUCACAAUAUUAAAUCUUUACCGCGAGGAUUAGACAAGCUCAUCCAUCUCCAGGAGAUUUCUCUACAUGAUUGUUCAAAUCUGGUGGUUUGUUUCGACGAAAUUGGGUUGCCCUCCACAAAUCUCAUAAUUCUUGAGAUAAGAGAUUGUGAAAAUUUUGGAGCCCUUCCAAAUUGCAUCAACAACUUCACCUCCCUUGGGCAGUUAACGGUGUUCGAUUGUGGGACUUACAUAUCCUUUCCAGAAGAUGGUCUUCCUACUAACCUCGUAUCACUCCCAAUCAUAAAUGCACCAAAAAUUGAUACCUCACUUGUUGAAUGGGGAUUCCAUAGACUCACCUCUCUUCAACGACUUUUGAAAUCAGCGGUGAAGAAUGCUCAAAUGUGGGCUUUCAACACCACUUCUCUUGAAGAAUUGCGAAUCAGCAAUUGUCCGAAGCUCACAUCUCUUCCGGAAAAAGACAUGCUUCUCUCUCUUGGAUGGCUAUGUAUUGACGGAUGUCCGUUGCUAAAAGAAGAGUGCACGAGAUUUAAAGGACGAGAGUGGUCCAAGAUUUCCCUCAGGUUAUCUGAAGCUUCAGUGGGAGCUUUCAUUAAGGAGUGUAUAUGGCGGCAUAUUGAUAUUUCCAGUGGCCGUCGUCUGCUAAACAAUGGCAGUAAAAACUCAACAAAUCUAGUGCAAAGAUGA